UUCUAAUCCUGGUCGCGGCGGGGGGACGCAGGCCGCACGAGUACGGCGCACGAGGAAGACCGCCGAGUGUACGUAGACGACGGCGGCGGACCUGAGGACGUCCCGCUGCAGCGCCGCCCCGCGGACGCGAGUUGCACGCAUACCGCUCAUUGAGGCCCAAGAGCCCACUCGAAGCAGGAAGGCGGUCGUCGCUCGCUGCUCACUCUUCGACGCCGAGGAUCCGGCCGCUUGUUUACUGUCGUUCGCACGUGCUCUGGGCGGACAAACCAGACGCUGGGACACACUCCGCCGACCGGUGCGCUAGCGUGCCCUGCACCGACUGUCCGCCUACCGUGGUGCGAGAUUGUGGCUUUCCUUUGGAUGUUGCCCCCUCUGAAGAUCUUCUCCGACCGGAUACCAGGACCAUGCUGUGGCUGGCACUGCUGUCCUUGUUUCUCUGGGGACAUGGGACAGUGGCCGUGGACUUCAGAAGGCCCCCUCCGCCCAAGCACGAGCUCCGUCAGCAAUUCUACUUCCCCAAGUACAGACCCGAACUCUUCUUCGACAACAACGUGGUGCCCGAGAACGCCGAAGUGAGCGUGUUCGUCUUCAAGGACAAGAUCAGAAGGGUGUUCUUCCUAGUGGAAAACGAGCGCAACUCCCUGCUGCUUGUGGCCAGUCCCUGCUCGGCCCCCAUCGAGUGGCACCUUUUCCGCAAGCCCCUGCCGCCGUCCGAAAACUCGGACGAGUCCUACGGUAGCCGAGAGCAGCCUGUGGACCUGUACAGGGACGACGGUUCCUCCACCGAGCCUGUGGCAGGAGGAUCUUUCUAUGGCAGCGGCCGACUAAGCUUCACGCGUAGGGAUGCGCCCAGGGGCAUCUACAUGCUCGAGUUCGACUCCGACAGCACGGACACCAGCGUCCGCGUCUACGGAACGUCGGACUCCGACACCCACUACCCUUUCCCGCAGCUUCCUACCAAGGCCAAAGUGGAUGUCCUUCAGAUCCGCAACAGCCGUGUGCUGUUUACAUGGAAGGCUAGUCCGUCGGAGGCCCUCGUCGAUCAGGACGUGCGGUAUUGCGUCGCCAUCAACCGGAAGGGCAACUUCGACACCAUGUGUGCCGUCGAAAGCGCGCUGCGAGGCGAUGUGCCCAAAGUUCCCCACCAGGAUUCCGGCUUCGGUUUCUGGUGGGAGAAAGCGGCUCACCGGAAGAUGGCCCUCAAGACUCGUGAGAUGAUGCGAAACGUUCACGUACAGAAGGACGUCGCCUUCGAGUGCAUCGGUCGCAGGACGUGGCACAGUUUCGCAGACCUCGAGGUUGACCAGAGAUACUUCAUCGACGUCUUCGCAAUCAACUCAAGGACCAACGCCAGUUCAGCCUACCUGGGCGCCAGUGUCGUCGCAAGAAACCCAACAAACUCUAGGAUCCAAGAUAACCAGUUGGUGCAGAUUGUGCUGGACCAGAAAGAUGCUUUUUCCAGUGUGGCCAAGUACGCGGUCAAUGCCAAUGUCGAAAUGAUCUGGAUGUUUGUUCAGUCAUGUUCUGGACCGGGACCAGUGCAACUUUCCGUCACUCAGCGAAAGAAAAAAAUCCUCACGGCCGAAGUGAUGGAGACGAGAACGUUGACAAUCAACCACCCUGCCAACGGUACCUACGUGGUCAAGAUAUCGUCAACCGUACCGCAGCUGAGAAGGGUCCACCUCUUGGUAAGCAAAAAGUACCACAAAUUUCCGUUUCCAACGUUGCCCGACGACAGCAGCAUCAAAGUUAUGGGAUCAUUGACGACCUGCAACUCCGUCACCUUGGCCUGGAAGGCAGCAUUGGACGAGAAGGUUCGCUACUGCAUCUUUAAGCAAGAGAUGCGAGGAAGCUACUCUGGCGUGUUCGCAAAACCCCAAGACUUCUGCACCGAAACUAAGGCCGUGGAAAAGACAGGCAAGAUCACAUGCAGGAGGUACCAUCGGUUCAGUAAGCAUAGGUUUGGUAACGUCAUAAUGCAGAAAAUAAGGAAGCUUCAACCAGAAACGACCUACGUGUUCGAAAUACUUGUGACUAAGGCCAGAGGACGUACUCUAGCCUACGAGAAAGUAUGGGCUACUACUCAAAGAAAUUGCACGCCGUCUUACAAAGGCAAGCGAUGAGUUUCUCGUGUCUGAAUCAAAGAGCGACAUUGGAAAGACGUGGUUGUGCUGCAUGACAUUUUUACCAGGUGGACACCGGGAAAACGGUCCUGCUUGAGGACAGUUAAAGACUACAGACUAAUCGUCCUAAAAUCAACGGACAACGGUGGUGCGAAAGUCCGACCAACUUCAUUUCUUUGCCGAACAUGUGCCGUGUCAAGAAGAGAUGACGUUUUUGUGAGGAGUGAUGAUAGAUAAAGGGAACAAGAAGCUCUCCGAAGGGAGCUAUCUAUUUAUGCACUUUGUACAUUAUGCUUCAUACCAUCGUGCAAAUGUUUUUCUCAGGUUAGAUAUAGCCUAUUGAGUAGAAAAAAAAAGAAAAAAAAGAGCCAAGACAGACUUUUUAGCGUUUGUUGUGCUUCGUUACCGAUGACAGUUCCUUGUGUCGUGUGCAUUUUUAUCUUCAUCCGCGCAACGUGGUGUACAGUUAUUUCGUACACGCAUUUAGAUGCGCAAUUUAAUGGUCGACUCUUUACAAUGCACGUUUCGUUUUGAGAACAAAUCCCUUUCAUCAAACUUCUAUCGUAACCAAAAAGGAAGGACGCCAUCUAUUAAAAGCCACAUCAUUCAUGUUCAAAGCAUACAGCACACGAACACGAUUUUGCUUGCCUACAUACAUUUUUCUUUACCUAAAAUUUUUGUUGUAUUUUUUUUUUGCAUCGUCAACGUAAACUUAAAGAAAAGGCUAACAACGUCUCUGGAGAGCGACAUACUGGAAAUAACACAAAAGUUAUAAGAAAUCCGGUCAUCGUACCAUACCGGCAAUGCAAGAAGCACCUGCAAUGCAGUAAGUGCUGCGAAAGUACAACACAUAAUUACAUCUACAAACGUUACUUACGCAAUAACAUCAUUAGGUAGUCACCCCCCACUGUGCGACCUCAUUUACACUCACAGAUUAUUAUUUUUUUUCCGCACGCCUACACUGUUUCGAGGUGACUAGCUGUAGGCUUCUGCGCUGACCAUGACAAAGCGACUCCCUGGUUCAAGCAACUGUGUAAAGCUCACGGGACUAAAAUAUCCUGUAUGUGCUAGUCAAAUACAACAUAGGGGCUGCAACUUCCCCAACUGCAA